AUGUCGGAGACCUCUCUACCAACACAUGCCAAAGACAACCCCAACGUGUCGGCGGACGGUGCCCCCUCCAAGAAUGCAUUAAAGAAGGCACAGAAGGAAGCCGAGAAGGCGGCAAAGAAGGCGGCGGCCAAAAAGGCAGACGAAGAAAAGAGAGCCGCACAGCAAGCCCAGGUUGCGUCUGAAGACACGGCGAAAGACAACUAUGGCGCUCUGCCAGAAGAUACCGUCCAGAUCACACACCUGAAGAAACUGGGCCCCGAGGAUGCUGACAAGGAAGUCACCGUUAUAACCAGAGUUCACAACAGCAGAAGUCAGUCUGCGAAACUGGCCUUUCUCAUGCUCAGACAGCAAGGCAAGACCAUCCAGGCCGUCGUUGCUGCUAGCGGAGACGAGGUCUCGAGGCAAAUGGUCAAAUGGGCAACGAGCGUCAAUAUCAACUCUUUCGUGCGGGUUACAGGGCUCGUCAAGAAGCCAAAUCCUCCUGUUGCAUCAGCCUCGAUCAGCGAUCUCGAAUUGCACGUCAAAAAGAUCUACCUCAUCUCCUCGGCCGCCGAAGUCAUCCCCAUGCAAGUCAAGGACGCCGAACGACCGCCCCCAGCUGUGGAACAAGAAGGACAAGUUGACGCUGAAGGAGCCCCGGUCGUCACACUCAAGACUCGACUCGACAACCGAGUGAUCGAUCUGCAGACGGAAUGCAACCAGGCCAUCUUCACCAUUUCCAGCGCAGUUGAAGGGCUGUUUGAAGAGUACAUGCGGAAGAGCGGAUCGAGGAAAUUCAACACUCCAAAAUUGCUCGGUGCGGCCACGGAAGGCGGCAGCGGUGUGUUUGAAGUCAACAACUACUUCGGCAAGAGUGGUUUCUUAGCGCAGAGUCCUCAGCUGCACAAGCAGAUGCUCAUUGCCGGUGACUGCGAGAGUGUUUUCGAGAUUGGACCAGUCUUUCGUGCCGAGAACAGCAACACGCAUCGGCACUUGACAGAGUUCACCGGUCUCGAUUUCGAAAUGGUCUUCGACCACCACUACCACGAAGUCCUCGAUUUUGCGGAGAAGCUCAUUGUGUUCAUCGUCACGGAGCUAAAGUCCCGAUACAAGGAUGAAAUUGCCGUGGUUCAGAAAUAUUUCCCCAAGGCCGGCGACUUCCACCUCAAGGACGGAAAGGCGUUGCGACUGAAAUACUUUGACGGCAUCAAACUGCUCAGGGACGCCGGUGUCGACACCACCGAGCAAGACAACUACGUGACUGAUCUGACCACCGCCCAGGAGAAGAGGCUCGGCCAGAUCAUUCGCGAGAAGUACGACACUGAUUUCUACGUGCUCGACGAAUUCCCCAUGUCUGUGCGACCCUUUUACACCAAGCCACACCCCAAGGACCCGAAACUGUCCAACUCGUACGACUUUUUCAUGCGCGGCGAGGAAAUCAUGUCCGGCGCUCAACGUAUAAACGAUGCCAGCGAACUGGAAGCUUCGAUGCGAAACAAGGGCGUCGAUCCUGCUUCUGACGGUUUCUCAGACUACGUCAACGCUUUCAGACAAGGAUGUCGACCACACGCCGGUGGUGGCUUGGGAUUGAACCGUAUCGUCAUGUUCUUCUUGGGAUUGGACAAUGUUCGACAGGCCACGCCGUUCCCUCGUGAUCCUCAACGAUUGAGGCCUUGA